AUGACACAAACACAGUUAUUGGUAGAAACGACUACUGCAUCUAUAUCUAUUCUCCAAACAACUUCACUUGAUAAUAAUAUAAUGGUAGAAGGUUCAUCUAGUACCACCACUACAACAACAACAUCAUUACUUAAUCAUCAUAACCAUCAAAGAAAGAAUAGUAAUAAUAACAAUAACAAUAACAAUGAUUUACAUCAACAUCAAAGAAAGAAUAGUAAUAAUAACAAUAAAUUAAAUAAUAUAAUACAAUUAUAUCAUCAAAAAGAACAACAUCCAAUCGUUGUUGAUAAUUUUACAAAAUUAUUCAAAAAACUAUUUGGAAAUUCAGUUUUAUUUAAAACGAUAUUUGCUCAUGUCUAUCAUAUCAAUAGGAGAUUGAGAGUGGUGGCUAAUACCACUAGUGGAAAUGUACAUAAUCAACAACAACAACAACAACAACAACAACAUAAUCAACAAUAUUACCAUCAACAUUAUCAACAACAACAACAACAACAUUAUCAGCAACAACAUUAUCAAAAUCUAUUGCAACCGGUUGGUGUUAUUUAUAGUAGAUUCUAUGAUCAGAUUAUCAGUGUAGAUUGGAUGAUUGCCAAUCGAUACUAUGCAUUGCUACAAGACAAGAUAAUAAGGAAACAACCAUUAACAGAGGGUUGCACAUCAAAUGCAAUGGAUCAAGCUUCAAAGAAUGAAGGAUGUACAACCGAUGCUAUUGACUUGGCUGCAAGUAAUGGACAUCUAAAGGUGGUUCAGUUCCUCAAUGAGAAUAGGACAGAAGGUUGCACGGUGGCAGCAAUUGAUGCUGCCGCUACGAAUGGUCAUUUGGCAGUGGUGCGAUAUCUCUAUGAGAAUCGCGGUGAACGAUGUACAAACGAAGGUUUUAUGGGUGCUGCUCAAGCCGGUCAUCUCGAGGUGAUCGCUUUCCUCUGGGAGGUGAUGAAGUACCCGAUUGGGUUCUCGGUGUUCUUGGCAGCGGCAAACAAUGGACAUCUCGAUGUGCUCAGUUACAUCAGUGUCAACAUUGCCAUUGGCAAUGCAGAGUUCACUCAGGAGAACUACUAUCGUGCGUUGGAAUCGGCGUCGCGCAACGGUCACUUUUACGUCGUCAAAUACAUCUGGGCGUUCAUCGACACGAAACGACGAACCAACGCACUGAUUCUCGCUGCCAGACGCGGUGACAUGAGUAUUGUUACAUUCCUACAUCAAUUGCAACUCGAAGGUACAACCUAUGAAGCGAUCGAUCACGCUGCAACCAACGGCCACCUUGCGAUCGUAAAAUGGUUACAUCAGAAUAGAAGUGAAGGAGCAAGUAGUCAAGCAUUAAAUGGUAGUGCAUAUCACGGCCACAUUGAAGUUGUAAAGUUUUUACAUGAAUUUAGAACAGAAGGUGGAACCAAUAGAGCAUUAGAUUUCGCAUCAUCCAAUGGACAUUUCGAUGUUGUUAAAUUCUUGAAUGAAAAUAGAAAUGAAGGAUUUACAUCUUAUGCAUUGGAUAAUUCUUGUCUUAAUGGUCAUAUCGAUAUAGUUAAAUAUUUAGCGAAUAAUAAAAACGUUGGAUGUUCAAUGAAUACGUUGAAACUGGCUUGUGAAGGUGGACAUUUAGAGAUUGUGAAAUUCCUAUGUGAAACAUUCACCAAUCACAAUUAUCCUCAGGCGUUGAUUGCCGCCGCCAAAAAGGAUUUGGAAAUUACAAAGUAUCUACUGGAAAAUAUACCAAACUAUCAACCACAGGAUCUCAUUCGGCCAUCGGUGUUGGUCAGUUCGAUUGCUUCCGGUCAUUCCGACAUCUUUCACUACCUCAUUAAACUGGUGAAUAUCGAAGUGAUCGGCUACAACUAUCUCUUUAAUAUCGCUAGCUAUCAUUCGCAAUUCGAUGUUCUACGUUACCUGAUCGAGGAGGUCCCGCGUUUCAUGAAGCUGCACAACUGGACCGUUGCCAACCUCGAUAUCUCCGAGUCAAACUUCCAGUUGAUGUGCUACAACGGUAACAUUGGCAUGGUGAAACACGUUGCACUACCGAAACACUUUAACGAGAGCAACAGGCUCGCUUCACUCAGGAAUGAUCAUCAAAACGUCUUUUUCGUUUUUUUAACUCAAAAUAAAAAAUCUAAAGGUUUACCAGUGUUACCUCCGCCUAGAUUAUUAUGGCCACCUCAUAAUGCACCAAUAGAACAACAAUCUAGUUUUAAAAAAUGUUAUAUGUUUUAA